AACUACAUUUAACAUUCAAUAUGUUCGCUAAGGUUGUUAUCUUCUGCGCUGCCCUCGCAGCUGUCCAUGGCUCAGCCCUCAUUGCAGCACCCCUCGUCAACACCGGAGUCAGCGUAGAAUCUAGGCAACAAGAUUCUUUGGGCAACUAUGCUUACGCCUAUGACAUCAAGGAUGGAGCAACUGGAUCCAUCAACUCCAAGGCUGAAGUAGGAACAGCAGUUGCUGUCGCAGCUCCAGUUGUUGCUGCUCCUUUGACUUAUGCCGCACCAGCUUAUGCUGCCCCAGCAAUCGCCGCUCCUCUAGCCUACUCCGCCCCUGCAGUUGCCGCUCCAGUAGCUUACGGAGGUGUUCUCGGACACGCUGGUGUACUUGGUCUUCGAUACGGAGUCGGUCUGGCUCAUGGAACUCCCCUCAGUCUGGGAUAUGGAGCAGGCAUCUUGUCUGCUGGACACGGCAAAGUUCUGUUUUAAAAAACUUCUGAUAGAUAUAAAUGGACUUCUAUUUUCAUAAUAAAAUUUUGGAUGGUUAUUUAUUUCGAAAA